CUCCGGGAUUUACCGGCCAAGAUCACACAGCAAAUUCUCGACGGAGGAACAGAGGUAGAAGAUGCAGCAAGCUUCGCCCUCGCAUCCUAUUGGGAGGAGUAGCGUUGUAACGCUUUACCCAAAUAAUUACAAUUCCAUCAAAACCAAUCCCAGAAGUAUUAUUAAGCUGCUGCCAGUUUCUUCCCUUUCUAAACCCUCCUUUACUCGGAUCUUCCAGUCUCGUUCUCUCCAUUCCUCUCCCUCAUGUCUGCUCAAAUUAACCUCUCAGCUACCACCAAGAGACUUCACUUGCGUCUCGACAAGUAGAUUCAUCUCGGGAUCACGAAAGGAAACAACCCUUUCACUUUCUCCUCUUCACUCGUCCAAUUCAACUGCCGCCGUUGUUGAUGGUGAUGCUGGCGGGAACCGCAGCUUUCGAGGAUGGAUUGAAUUGGUUGGAGAAGUGUUAUCGACGGCAUUUCCAGUGUGGGUGGCAUUGGGAUGCCUACUGGGUCUCCUCAAGCCCAGCUCCUUCAAUUGGGUUCGACCCAAGUGGACCAUUCUCGGCAUUACCAUCACCAUGCUCGGUAUGGGCAUGACUCUUACUUUUGACGAUCUCCGUGGCGCAUUGUCGAUGCCUAAAGAAUUGCUCGCCGGCUUCGUUCUCCAAUACUCGAUAAUGCCAUUAUCAGGAUACUUUGUGAGCAAGCUCUUAGGGCUGCCUUCCUAUUAUGCGGCUGGGUUGAUAUUGGUGGGUUGCUGCCCGGGAGGGACAGCAAGCAAUAUUGUCACCUACAUUGGACGUGGAAAUGUGGCCCUCUCAGUUUUGAUGACAGCUGCAAGCACUCUAUCUGCUGUGGUGAUGACCCCUUUCCUCACUGCCAAACUUGCUGGGCAAUUUGUUGCUGUAGAUGCAGCUGGACUUGUUGCCUCUACAAUGCAGGUUGUACUUCUCCCUGUAUUGGUUGGUGCUCUCUUGAACCAGUAUUGCAAAAGUGUGGUUGAAGUGGUUUCACCCUUGAUGCCACCUCUUGCUGUGUUAACUGUAGCUGUUCUGUGCGGCAAUGCAAUUGCUCAAAGUGCAUCUUCCAUCCUUAUGUCUGGUAAACAAGUGGUUCUUGCUACUUGUCUUCUUCAUGCAUCUGGCUUUUUCUUUGGUUAUGCACUUUCCAGGGUGCUUGGGCUUGACAUAUCAUCGUCACGAACCAUCUCCAUUGAGGUUGGCAUGCAGAAUUCCGUGCUCGGGGUAGUUCUUGCUGGUCAGCAUUUUGGAAAUCCCCUCACUGCAGUACCGUGUGCGGUUUCCAGUGUUUGCCACUCAAUUUUUGGUAGUGUCUUAGCUGGUAUCUGGAGAUACACUACACCGACCAAAAAGCAGAAUUAACAUGAGUUCUUUACUUGAUAACUCGGGUGCAAGGAUUCCACAGUUUGAUGAAAUGACUGUUAUUGAUGCUCAAUCUCAACUAAAGAUAACUGGAAAAAUCUUAGCCCUUGCAUUACGAUGCAUGUAUUCUUGCUGCUCCAUUUUAAUUUAAGAGCUCCAGGGGAUGAUUCAUAGGUAUGUGUAUACCAUGCUUGUACUUGGGGCGUUUAUGCCUCAAAAGAGGGUGUUUGAUUAUGAAAUUGCCUUAUUGAGACUAGUUCCACUGUGCAAGUAAAAGAGACCAAUUUUUGCGGGCCUCCCACUUGCAUUGAGUUAUGUAUGAAGACAGCAUUUGGUGGUUUAGUAUAUUUUUUUUUAU